UCGUCGUCGGCGGCGUUAACGGAUCGAUAGCGGCGCGAGGGUAGUGCGCGAACAUCGUCGCCGUCGUCGUCCUCGUCAUCGUCAUCCUCAUCGAAGUGUCGAGCCGAGCGCGUCCGAGCCACCACCGGGUUAUUAUAUUUUAGGAGGUGCGUCGUCGAGAAACGCACAGUCGGCCGAUUGCGUGGGACGGGCCUCGUUCGCGGUAGCCUCGUUACGUCACAUCCGCGAGUCGUGUGCGGAUAUAUCGUAAUAUCACAUAUCGGAUAUAUAGUAGAGUAUUUUUAGGGCAUAUCGUGGACGCCGGCAGUGCGCGAGACCGAGCUUCGGUGCAAGGGAGGAAAACCGCGUGCGGAGAGAAAAACGCGCGCGUCGUCCGCGUCCGCGGGGUUAUGUGUCGCGGCGGCGCCUCCCGUGGGGUGGCUAGGAGGAAGCCGGCACCGUUGACGGAAGUCGCGAGUGACGAAGAGGCGCGUUGAAACGCGCGGACAUGUCCGCGAUGUCGUGGGGCACGGCCACGGCGGCGCCGUGGCGUAGAAAAACCCGGGUACCUCUGCUGCUGCUGCUGCUGCUGGUGGUCCUCGGAUUGCUGCCGGCCACCGUCGUCGGCGAGAGGAACAAGAAAUACCAGAUGAGCGACAUCUGCAAGAAGUACUUCCUGCGGGAUCUCUACAGGAAGAUAGACGGCGCCGUUCUUACGUCGCAAAAUGAGAGGGAGCUCGAUUGCGCCAUUACUUUCCAGACUCACAGCAUCCUCCAGCGUUUCAUGCUCCGAUUCGAUCAGCUGCAGUUAGACUGCAACGACCAUCUCUACAUCUACGAUGGCGCGCACGCGGUCGGCAGUUACAAGGCAGACCUAUCCUGCAGAAACACGAAGCAGACCGUGGGCGCGAUUUACACGCGCACCAACUUCGUGACGUUGAAAUACGUCACCGACGCCUGGGGCACCAGCUCGAAUGGCUUCCGCCUCGUCAUCACGGCCGUCAAGGAUCCGAAGCAUACCUGCAAGGAUUUCCGAUGCACUCAGAAUGAAUUCUGCAUCGAGACGGAUCUCCUUUGUGACGGUGUGAAUCAUUGUGGUGACGGAUCUGACGAGGCCACCUCUACCCUCUGUGCCAACUCCGAGGCAUCGACGAUCCUAGGCAUGCAGACUACUUGGUUCGCCGUCGCCCUUGUUUUUCUGAUACUCAGCAUGGGCGGUCUGGUAACGGCGGCGGUUCUCUGCUUUUGCAAGCAGCGUGUUCCUACCCCGAGGCACCCCCAUAACGCGCACAACGCUCAGUCUCAUCCCCCAGUCAGCUUCCCAUGGAUUCCAAGCUCGUCGAGGCUCGUCGAGUACGUGACGUUGCUCAAUCGUUGCGGAGUUUCGCCCGCAACGAUCAGCCAAUCGUUGCAGCGACCAGUUCCCACCAGACAGUCGCCUGGAAUCAUUCACAGACGUUUCUUCGCGCGCUACCGUGGCGGUCAAGGUGGACCUUCCGACGGAUACGAGAUGACGAACGCCAAACGGGGUGGUUAUCCGCCAAUUUGGAAGAUUCUAACGAUACUUUUCGUCAUCUGCGAAUUUAUCACGACCACGAGCACGCAGACGACCUUCGUCGUGAGCAACGCGGUGGACGAUCAACUCGGUAAGGACUACUUCGUGGGACCCUGUCUGGUGAACACCAAUCAGACCUGUCCCGACGAGGAAGUGACGUUCUUCCUCUACACGAGAUUCAAUCUGGAUGAGGGCCAACAGAUCCUAGUGAACGACACGAGUUCGAAUCUUGCCGAUAUCAACUUCGUCGCGGCGGUGCCCACCAAAAUUAUCGUGCACGGCUACAAUUCGGAUAUGCAACUGGGAUACUUGGUGGAUAUCAGGAACGAGUACUUGAAGCGAAGCAGAUAUAAUAUCAUCGCGGUCGAUUGGCAUCGUCUGGCGACGGCGCCGUGUUAUCCCUUAGCCGUCCACAAUGUGCCUCACGUGGGCGAUUGCCUGGCACAGCUGGUCGACCGUCUGAGAGAUCACGGUGCCGCGGACAUCCACAUGAUCGGUUUCAGCUUGGGUGCCCACGUGCCGGCAUUCGCGGCCAACGUGCUGCGUCCGUAUCGGGUGCCCAGGAUCACCGGCCUCGACCCGGCGAUGCCGCUCUUCAUCACCGUCAACAAGGACGAGAAGUUAGACGCGAGCGACGCCGAAUUUGUGGACGUGUUGCACACGAACGCGUUUAUUCAGGGUAAGAUCGAGCCGAGCGGACACAUCGAUUUUUACAUGAACGGCGGGGUCAAUCAGCCUGGAUGCUGGGAACAUGGGAAUCCAUUCGGAUGUAAUCAUCAUAGAGCGGCGGAGUACUUUGCCGAGUCGAUCAACUCGAAGAUCGGUUUCUGGGGCUGGCCCUGUUACGGAUUCGUGGCUUAUCUGCUGGGUCUCUGCCCUCCUAGGUAUCCCGCGGUGUUGAUGGGUGAGGAUGUCAACAAGAGAUAUCAGGGCUUUCAUCUGGUGAAGACGAAGGCUCAGAGUCCGUACGCGGAGGGAAUAUUCACGGUAGAGGAUCUGUACCAGCUGGAUCUUUAUCAGCAGGAUCUUUAUCAGUGAUUACGAUUUCCUCGGGGAAAAUGUUACGAGAGACCUCGUACGGAUUGAUGAAACGCGGGAGAUGGGAACGAAAAUAUAAAAGACUCUUCGUGUUAACGUCGCGUGUCGGGAAGAUUGAGAUAUCUUGAUGAUGCCAAGUUUUUGUCGAGAGAAUUGUAAGUCAUUCAACACGAUUUUGAAACCAAAAUCUUGAAAAAUCUAAAUAGAUUAUAUUCGAACUUUAUUUCGAGAAAAGUAUUUCAAUUAAUCGUUUAAUAUUAUGUCUAAAAUUUUAAGAGAUAUGCGUAAUUUUUCUGGAGAUUUUUAAUUUAUUUUUAAAAAUAGCGAGCGAUAAUUCACUACAAGUAGAUCCCGUCCAAUAUUUUUUUUCAUUAUGAGUAUGAAAAAAGAGAUUAUAAUUAUAUAUUGUAUAUUGUAUUUCGCGCAAUAGAUUACAUGAUAUACGCAUUUUCUUAUAUCAAAAUGCAAAAUACAAAAUGCAUCUGACAUAUCUAAGAGGAGUGUGACAGAACAUUGAAGACAGUCACGAACUUUGUUACGAGUUCUAUUGUUCUAUAGAUUAGGUGAAUGAAAUCGACGUAUUGAGCAAAGUCUCGCGAGACUUUUCGAGACUUGUCAAUUUUGGAACACGCGGAAUCUGAUGCUGCGCGAGAAGAUGUAGUAUGUCAAGGUCAGACAACUAUCGCGACCUGCUAAUCGAUAUCUCGCUAAACCGGAGAAGUGGGGCGGAACACGAUUGCGACAUACUAGCGAAUUAAACAAUCUCUUAUCGAUCCGAAGUACAGCGUUCAAAUAAAAAGUAUUUACAAUUAUA